CGCCGGUGCCUCACAGCGCUCAGUCGCGCCUUGAGCGCGGAGCGGCCGGAGUGGAAAAGGGGAAGCUCCGUGCCGAGGGCUCCGUGAGGUGCCGGUUCCCCGGAGGGGUUAAAGCUCCCCGCUCCCUCAACCCCUCCGUGAAGGGGUCGGUUCCGAGCAGUCGGAGCGGCGCGAGGCCGCGGCCCCACCGGCGCCAUGCACGGCGGUCCGCCCUCGGGCGACAGCGCCUGCCCGCUGCGCACCAUCAAACGAGUCCAGUUCGGGAUCCUCAGCCCCGAUGAGAUGAAACGGAUGUCGGUGACUGAGGGGGGCAUCAAGUACCCCGAAACCACCGAGGGGGGACGCCCCAAACUGGGGGGGCUCAUGGACCCCCGGCAGGGUGUCAUCGAGAGGACGGGGCGCUGCCAGACCUGUGCUGGGAACAUGACGGAGUGUCCGGGCCACUUUGGCCACAUCGAGCUGGCCAAGCCCGUGUUCCACGUGGGAUUUUUGGGCAAAACCAUGAAAAUCCUGCGCUGCGUCUGCUUCUUCUGCUCCAAGCUGCUCGUGGACUCGAACAACCCCAAGAUCAAGGACAUCCUGGGCAAGUCCAAGGGGCAGCCCAAGAAGAGGCUGACCCACGUCUACGACCUGUGCAAGGGCAAGAACAUCUGCGAGGGGGGCGAGGAGAUGGACCACAAGUUCGGGGUGGAGCAGCCCGAGGGCGACGAGGACCUCACCAAGGAGAAGGGCCACGGCGGCUGCGGGCGCUACCAGCCGCGCAUCCGCCGCUCGGGGCUGGAGCUCUACGCCGAGUGGAAGCACGUCAACGAGGAUUCCCAGGAGAAGAAGAUCCUGCUGAGCCCCGAGCGCGUGCACGAGAUCUUCAAGCGCAUCUCGGACGAGGAGUGCUUCGUGCUGGGCAUGGACCCCAAAUUCGCCCGGCCCGAGUGGAUGGUGUGCACCGUGCUGCCCGUGCCGCCGCUGUCCGUGCGCCCGGCCGUGGUCAUGCAGGGCUCUGCCCGCAACCAGGAUGACCUGACCCACAAACUGGCCGACAUCGUCAAGAUCAACAACCAACUGCGGCGCAACGAGCAGAACGGGGCGGCCGCGCACGUCAUCGCUGAGGACGUCAAGCUGCUGCAGUUCCACGUGGCCACCAUGGUGGACAACGAGCUGCCCGGCCUGCCCCGGGUAGAA